UCACUAUGAAACACCUUGGAAGAAAGUGGGAUUCCAUUGGAAAUUGAUGGAGCAAGAAAACGAUCGAGCAAAAUUUGGGGUUUAGUUAGUUAGAGGGGCGGGAAAUUUAUUAUUUUCUCGGGAAAAUGGCGACCACCACAGCUGCCGCCGAAGAAGAAGAAGCUUCCGUUCCCAGAUUGUCUUCCAAUACCUUAUUAAGAAGGAGGCCCGAUUAUUUCUUGGUGGUCUGGAGGUGCUUUAGCGUAGUGACUGCUCUCGUUGCCAUUCUCUGCAUUGUCGUCAAUGUUCUCUCCGCCAUCAGAUCAUUCAGGAACGGAUCUGAUGUUUUCGAUGGAAUAUUUCGGUGUUACGCUGUUCUGAUUGCUGCUUUGGUGGUCCUAGCGGAGACGGAAUGGGGAUUCAUCUUGAAAUUCUGGCAGGUCUUGGAGUACUGGGUUGGUAGAGGCAUGCUGCAGAUCUUUGUUGGAGUGAUGACAAGGGCUUUUCCUAACUAUUCUAGUAAGCAAAGGAACCUUGUUUUCCUUCAGAACUUAGCAAGCUACAUGCUUCUUGCUUGUGGUGUAGUUUAUGUUAUUUCGGGAAUCCUAUGCCUUGGCUUCCUCAAACGUGCUCGUCAGAAGAAAGAAAUUACAAGGGAGCAGGCAGUAAGAGAUCUGGAGGAAUUGGAGAGACGGAGGGGGGAACUUGAAGAAUUGCUUAUCGAGGAAAGAUGAUGAGACAAUUUAAUUUGUAAGAGAUGCUAAAACAAAAUCUGUAUUGUUCUGUUAAGGUUUGCUAGAGGCAAUGAGGCUAGGAUUUGUCAAUUCUCAUGGACUCAUUUGUUGAUUGAUCUGUUCUGUUUGUUCCAACACUUGGUGUGAAUGAGCCUGUUUCUCUGUAAAUAAUUUGUAUAACGAAUGUGACAAUUCUUGGCAAAAAAAUAAAAUUGUAUUGAACUGGAA